ACGGGAACCUCCUCCUCUCCCAGCGAGAGCAGCUCCACGACCUCGGCCGAGUCCACCACGGGAACUUCCUCCUCUCCCAGCGAGAGCAGCACAACGACCUCGGCAGAGUCCACCAUGGGCACCACCUCCUCUCCCAGCGAGAGCAGCCCCACGACCUCAGCCGAGUCCACCAUGGGCACCACGUCCUUUCCCAGCGAGAGUAGCCCCACGACCUCGGCUGAGUCCACCACGGGAACCUCCUUCUCUCCCAGUGAAAGUAGCUCCAUGACCUCGGCCGAGUCCACGACGAAAACCUCCUCCUCGUCCAGUGAGACCAGCCCCAUGACCUCGGCCGAGUCCACCACGGGAACCUCCUUCUCUCCCAGCGAGAGCAGCCCCAUGACCUUGGCCGAGUCCACCACCGUCCCCUCCUCCUCGCCCAGCAAGAGCAGCUCCACGACCUUGACCGGGUCCACCAUAGUUCCCUUCUCGUCGCCCAGUGAGAGCAGCCCCAUGACCUCGACCGAGUCCACCACGGGAACCUCCUCCUCGUCCAGUGAGAACAGCCCCACGACCUUGGCCAAGUCCACCAUGGGCACCACCUCCUCUCCCAGUGAGAGCAGCCCCAUGACCUUGGCCAACCCCACCACGGGAACCUCCUCCUGGCCAAGCGAGAUCAGGCCUACGAUCUCGGCCGAGUCCACCACAGGCCCCUCCUCCUCUCCCAGCAAGAGCAGCUCCACGACCUUGACCGGGUCCACCACAUUUCCCUUCUCGUCGCCCAGUGAGAGCAGUCCCAUGACCUCAGCCGAGUCUAGCACUGGCAUCUCCUCCUCUACCCACGAGAGCAGCCCCAUGACCUCAGCCAAGUCCACCACGGGAACCUCCUCCUCUCCCAGCAAGAGCAGCUCCACGACCUUGACCGAGUCCACCACAGGCCCCUUCUCGUCGCCCAGUGAAAGCAGCCCCAUGACAUCGGCCGAGUCCACCACGGGAACCUCCUCCUCGUCCAGUGAGAGCAGCACAACGACCUCGGUCGAGUCCACCACGGGAACCUCCUCCUGGUCCAGUGAGAGCAGCCUCAUGACCUUGGCCGAGUCCACCACGGGAACCUCCUUCUCGUCCAGCGAGAGCAGCCUCAUGACCUUGGCCGAGUCCACCACGGGAACCUCCUCCUCGUCCAGUGAGAGCAGCCCCAUGACCUCAGCCAAGUCCACCACGGGAACCUCCUCCUCUCCCAGCGAGAGCAGCACCACGACCUCGGCCGAGUUAACCACAGGCACCACCUCCUCGCCCAGUGAGAGCAGGCCCAUGACAUCGGCCAAGUCCACCACGGGCCCCUCCUCCUCUGCCAGCGAGAACAGCCCCACGACCUCGGCCGAGUCCACCACGGGAACUUCCUCCUCGCCCAGCGAGAGCAGCACAACGACCUCGGCAGAGUCCACCAUGGGCACCACCUCCUCUCCCAGCGAGAGCAGCCCCACGACCUCAGCCGAGUCCACCAUGGGCACCACGUCCUUUCCCAGCGAGAGCAGCCCCACGACCUCGGCUGAGUCCACCACGGGAACCUCCUUCUCUCCCAGUGAAAGUAGCCCCAUGACCUCUGCCGAGUCCACGACGAAAACCUCCUCCUUGUCCAGUGAGAGCAGCCCCAUGACCUCGGCCGAGUCCACCACGGGAACCUCCUUCUCUCCCAGCGGGAGCAGCCCCAUGACCUUGGCCAAGCCCACCACGGGAACCUCCUCCUGGCCAAGUGAGAUCAGGCCCACGAUCUCGACCGAGUCCACCACAGGCCCCUCCUCCUCUCCCAGCAUGAGCAGCUCCACGACCUUGACCGGGUCCACCACAGUUCCCUUCUCGUUGCCCAGUGAGAGCAGUCCCAUGACCUCAGCCGAGUCUAGCACUGGCAUCUCCUCCUCUACCCACGAGAGCAGCCCCAUGACCUCAGCCAAGCCCACCACGGGAACCUCCUCCUCUCCCAGCGAGAGCAGCCCCACGAUUUUGGCUGAGUCCACCACGGGAACUUCCUCCUCUCCCAGGGAGAGCAGCCCCAUGACCUCGGCCGUGUCCACCACGGGAACCUGCUCCUCGUCCAGUGGGAGCAGCCCCACGACCUUGGCCAAGUCCACCAUGGGCCCCUCCUCCUCUCCCAGCGAGAGCAGAACCACGACCUCGGCAGAGUCCACCACGGGAACCUCCUCCUCUCCGAGCCGGAGCAGCCCCACGAUCUUGGCUGAGUCCACCACGGGAACUUCCUCCUCUCCCAGCGAGAGCAGCCCCACGACUUCAGCCGAGUCCACGAUGGGCACCACCUCUUCACUAAGAGAGAGCAGCCCCACAAUUUCAGUAAAAACCACCAUGGUCACCUCCUCCUCUCUCAAUGAGAACAUCUCGACGCCCUCAGCUGAGUCCACCACUGGCUUCUCUUCCACUCACAGCGAGAGCAGCCACACAACCAUAGCUGAGACCACAACCGGCACCUCCUCCUCUCCCAGCGAGAGUAGCCACACGACCUCGGCCGGGUCCACCACGGGCCCCUCCUUCUCUCCCAGCGAGAGCAUAUCCAUGACGUCAUUCGCACCCACUUCUGGCACCUCUUCCUCUGACAGUGAAAGCAUCCGCACGACCUCGGCCGAGUCCACCACGGGCGCCUCCUCUCCCAGCGAGAGCAGCCCCACGACCUCAGCCGCGCCCACUACGGGAACCUCCUCCUCGCUCAGCGAGAGCAACACCACGAGCUCGACCGAGUCCACCAUGGGCCUCUCCUCCUCCCCCAGUGAGAACAGCACCACAACCUCAGCCGAGUCCACCACAGGAACCUCCUCCUCGCCCAGCAAGAGCAGAACCACGACCUCGGCCGAGUCCACCACGGGAACCUCCUCAUCUCCCAGCGAGUGCAGCCCCACGACCUCGACCGAAUCCACCACGGGCCCCUCCUCCUCUCCCAGCGAGAGGAGCCCCAAGACCUCAGCCGAGUCCACCACGGGCCCCUCCUCUUCUCCCAGCGACAGCAGCCCCACGACCUCGACUGAGUCCACCACGGGAACGUCCUCCUCUCCCAGCGAGAGCAGCACCACGACCUUGGCCAAGCCCACCACGGGAACCUCCUCCUGGCCAAGUGAGAUCAGGCCCACGAUCUCGACCGAGUCCACCACAGGCCCCUCCUCCUCUCCCAGCAAGAGCAGCUCCACGACCUUGACCGGGUCCACCACGGGCCCCUUCUCGUCGCCCAGUGAGAGCAGUCCCAUGACCUCAGCCGAGUCUAGCACUGGCAUCUCCUCCUCUACCCACGAGAGCAGCCCCAUGACCUCAGCCAAGCCCACCACGGGAACCUCCUCCUCUCCCAGGGAGAGCAUCUCCAUGACCUCAUCUGAGUCUACCACUGGCAUCUCCUCCUCUACCCACGAGAGCAGACCCAUGACCUCAGCCAAACCCACCACAGGCACCUCCUUGUCGCCCCAGGAAAGCAGCCGCACGACCUCGGCCGAGUCUACAUCUGGCACCUUCUCCUCUCCUAGCAAGACCAGAGCCACAACCUCUGCUGAACCCACCAUAGCUACCUCCUCCUCUCACAGUCAGAGCAUCCCUACAACCUCAGCCGAGUCCUCCACUGGCACCUCCGCCUCUCCCAGCCAGAGCAGACUCAUGAGUUCGACCGAGACCACCACAGGCACCUCAUCCUCUCCCAGUGAGAGCAGCCACACAACCAUGGCAGAGACCACAACGGGAACCUCCACCUCCCACAGCGAGAGCAUCUCCAUGACCUCAGCCAAACCCACCAGGGGUACCUCCUCCUUGCCCAAGGACAGUAGCCACACCACUUCGUCUGAGUCCAGUACUGGCACCUUCUACUCUCACAGCGAGAGUAGCCACACAACCAUAGCUGAGACCACAACCGGCACCUCCUCUUCUCCCAGUGAGAGUAGCCCGAUGACCUCGGCCAACACCAUCAUGGGCACAUCUUCCUCUCCCACCGAGAGCAGACUCACCACCUCUGCCGAGUCCUCCACGGGCACCUCAACCUCUGCCACCGAGAGCAGACUCACCACCUCGGCCGAGUCCUCCACGGGCACAUCAUCCUCUCCCAGCGAGAGCAGCCACACGACCUUGGCUGAGUCCAGCGCUGGCAUCUCCUCCUAUACUAGUGAGAGAAACUCCGCGAUCUCGGCUGAGCCCACCACAGGCACCUCCUCCUCUCUCCUCACUUUAGGUGAAUAUACAAGGAGUGAGACUCCCACGGCAACCUCUCUUCCAGGCCUGAGCACAGCCAAAAUUUCCACAUGGGAGGAAAGUCUGACGGCUGCUUCCCAGUCUCCUCUGACAGCAUCGUCCAGUGAAAGUCCCAUAAGGAUGACUGUCACACAGCCAGUGGUCUCUGAAUUCACCACCAACGAGACAACCGUGACAUUGGUUCCCCCCCAUUCAACUGGGACUGAAUUCACACAUACGGAGACUACCAUGGCAAACACUCGUUCUCUUCCAGUGAUAGAGACAUCCACAUCCAAUGCGAUAAGGUCUUCCGUUCACACCGCAAUGGAAACAAGCAACAGUGAGACAACCUCACCCAUAUCCUCUCCACCACCAACUCUGACCAGCUCUUCCACCCACAGCUCCUUCUUGACUUCUGUCUCUCACACAACCCUUUCCGAAACCACGUCCAGUGAAAUGACUCUGGCAACAACAGUUUCUCCUCCAGCUUCAACAGAAUUUACCAACCGUGAAACAACAUUGUCAACAACACCCUCUGUGUCCGCUCCAUCUGAAACAUCCACUAGCGAGACAGUGGGCACAAGAGCUACUCACUCUGCAGUUGUAUCAACGUCUUCCGGGGAGAUAACAACAAGUAUCUCUCUCUCAACACUACCUGAAACUUUCCCCAGUGAGACAACCGUGACAACGACUUCUCUUCCCCCUACUUUUAGUGACUAUACAAGCAGUGAGACUCCCACGGCAACCUCUCUUCCAGUCCUGAGCACUGAAUCCAUAUCCAUGGGCAGCACUUCCAGCCCAAACUCCACUGCCAGAGCCAGCACCCUCUCCGAGUCAGUUCCCUCAUCCAGGGCUUCGAGCCUGACCUCCACGGCCGAGACCCACACUGUAUCCGAGUCUAUUCCCUCAUCCAGUGCUUCAAGGCCGACCUCCGAGGCCGAGACCCACACCAUUUCCGACUCUGUUCCCUCGUCCAGCGCUUCGAUCCUGACCUCCACGGCCGAGACCCACACUGUAUCCGAGUCUGUUCCCUCAUCCAGUGCUUCAAGGCCGACUUCCACUGCCGAGACCCACACCAUUUCCGAGUCUGUUCCCUCGUCCAGCGCUUCAAGCACAUCCUCCACGGCUGAGUCCAGCAUUAUCUCUGAGUCCGUCUCCAAGCCCAGUGCUUCCAGGCUGACCUCCAUUGCUGGGGCCAGCACCCUCUCCGAGUCUGUCUCCAUGUCCAGCACUUCCAGCCAUAGCUCUGAGACCAAGGGCAGCACCAUCUCUGAGCCUGUCUCCAUGCCCAGCACUUCGAGCCUGACCUACACGGUAGAAACCCACACCAUCUCCGAGUCUGUCUCCAAGCCCAGUGCUUCGAGCCUGACCUCCACAGCCGCAGCCAGCAGUGUCUCUGAGCCCGUCUUCACACCCAAUGGUUACACCCCGAGCUCUGCGACUGAAGCCAGCACCAUGUCUAAGUCCGUUUCCACGCACAGCCCUGCCAGCCUGACCUCCACCACCGAGGCCAGCACCAUCACACAGACAGCGGUCUCUGAAUUCACCACCAACGAGACAACCGUGACAUUGGUUCCUCCCCACCCAACUGCUACUGAAUUCACAAGUACGGAGACCACCAUGGCAAGCUCUCCUUCUCUUCCAAUGACAGAGACAUCCACACCCAAUGCCACAACACCCUUUUCAGUGCACACCACAAUGGAAACAAACAACAGUGAGACAACCUCACCCAUAUCCUCUCCACCACCAACUCUGACCAGCUCUUCCACCCACAGCUCCUUCUUGACUUCUGUUUCUCACACCUCCCUUUCUGAAACCACCACCAAUGAAAGGACUCUGGGAACAACAGUUUCUGCUCCAGCUUCAACACAAUAUACCAACCGUGAAACUAUAUUGUCAACAACACCCUCUGAGUCCGCUCCAUCUGAAACAUCCACUAGCGAGACAGUGGGCACAAGAGCUACUCACUCUGCUGUUGUAUCAACAUCUUCCAUGGAGAUAACGACAAGUGUCUCUCUCUCAACACUACCUGAAACUUUCACCACUGAGACAACCGUAACAACAACUUCUCUUCCCCCUACUUUUAGUGACUAUACAAGCAGUGAGACUCCCACGGCAACCUCUCUUACGGUCCUGAGCACUGAAUCCAUAUCCAUGGGCAGCACUUCCAGCCCAACUUCCACUGCCAGAGCCAGCACCCUCUCCGAGUCUAUUCCCUCAUCCAGUGCUUCGAGCCUGACCUCCAUGGCCGAGACCCACACUGUAUCCGAGUCUGUUCCCUCAUCCAGCGCUUCAAGGCCGACUUCCACCGCCGAGACCCACACCAUUUCUGAGUCUAUUCCCUCAUCCAGCGCUUCGAUCCUGACCUCCACGGCCGAGACCCACACUGUAUCCGAGUCUGUUCCCUCAUCCAGUGCUUCGAACCUGACCUCCACAGCCGAGACCCACACUGUAUCCGAGUCUGUUCCCUCAUCCAGUGCUUCAAGGCCAACCUCCACCGCCGAGACCCACACCAUUUCCGAGUCUGUUCCCUCAUCCAGUGCUUCAAGGCCAACCUCCACCGCCGAGACCCACACCAUUUCCGAGUCUGUUCCCUCGUCCAGCACUUCGAUCCUGACCCUCACAGCCGAGACCCACACUGUAUCCGAGUCUGUUCCCUCAUCCAGUGCUUCAAGGCCAACCUCCACCGCCGAGACCCACACCAUUUCCGAGUCUGUUCCCUCAUCCAGUGCUUCAAGGCCAACCUCCACCGCCGAGACCCACACCAUUUCCGAGUCUGUUCCCUCGUCCAGCACUUCGAUCCUGACCUCCACAGCCGAGACCCACACUGUAUCAGAGUCUGUUCCCUCGUCCAGUGCUUCAAGGCCAACCUCCAUCGCCGAGACCCACACCGUCUCCGAGCCUGUUCCCUCGUCCACUGCUUCAAGCGCAUCCUCCACGGCUGAGUCCAGCAUUAUCUCUGAGUCUGUCUCCAAGCCCAGUGCUUCCAGGCUGACCUCCACUGCUGGGGCCAGCACCCUCUCCGAGUCUGUCUCCAUGUCCAGCGCUUCCAGCCAUAGCUCUGUGACCAAGGGCAGCACCAUCUCUGAGCCUGUCUCCAUGCCCAGCACUUCGAGCCUGACCUACACGGCCAAAACCCACACCGUCUCCGAGUCUGUCUCCAAGCUCAGUGCUUCGAGCCUGACCUACACGGCCGAAACCCACACUGUAUCCGAGUCUGUCUCCAAGCCCAGCACUUCGAGCCUGACCUCCACAGCCGCGGCCAGCAGUGUCUCUGAGCACCUCUCCACACCCAAUGGUUACAGCCCGAGCUCUGCGACUGAGGCCAGUGCCAUGUCUGAGUCCGUCUCCACACACAGCCCUGCCAGCCCAACCUCCACCGCUGAGGCCAGCACCAUCACACAGCCAGCGGUCUCUGAAUUCACCACCAAUGAGACAACCGUGACAUUGGUUCCUCCUUAUCCAACUGCUACUGAAUUCACAAUAUCGUCCAGUGAAAGUCCCAUAAGGACGACUGUCACGCAGCCUGUGGUCUCUGAAUUCACCACCAGUGAGACAACCGUGACAUUGGUUCCUCCCCAUCCAACUGGGACUGAAUUCACACGUAUGGAGACUACUAUGGCAAACACUCCUUCUCUUACAAUGACAGAGACAUCCACACCCAAUGCCAUAACAUCUUCAUUGCACACCACAAUGGAAAUAAGUAACAGUGAGACAACCUCAGCCACAUCCUCUCCAUUGCCAACGCUGACCAGCUCCUCCACCCACAGCACCUUCCUGACUUCUGUCUCUCACACAUCCCUGUCUGAAACCACGUCCAGUGAAAUGACUUUGGCAACAACGGUUUCUCCUCCAGGUAGCAGCAGUCCUGCUGCAAACACCACUGGUGCAAGAACCACGAGGACCGGCUCCACCACGCCAGCCCCCGUGCAGUGCCAGAACAACGGGACGCUGCAGGGGUCCCAGUGCUUCUGUCUCCCAGCAUUUACGGGCCAGAGCUGUGACGUGCUAAGAAACAACAUCACCAUAGAUGAUGUUGUGGCAGUGAUCAGCAUCAGCUUGGAGGUGGUGAAUGCAGUCUUCAACCUGAGCCUGGAGAACCAGAGCUCCCCUGACUUCAAAGCUUUCGAGACCCGUUUUAAGAAUCAGACUGAGAAGAUCUACAGUGAGAUCCCCCAGUACCAGGGGAUGAAGUUAAUUUCACUGAGAAACGGCAGCAUCAUCGUGGAUCACGAGAUCUUUUUGGCCAUGCCAUAUUCCAGCUACAACAGCACGUACACGGAAGCUGUCAGCAACGUCAGAGACCGCCUGGUCCACCGCAACUGCACCUCCAAUGACACAGACAAAUUGUGCUUUGACGCUGGAGCCACCCAGGUCAACUCGGUCAAUCUGAACAUAGCAGCGGUCUGCCAGAACGACUCCGUCAUCCCUGCGGCGUACCAGAAAUAUUACUUCCCGCUCAACGUGAGCAACACGCUGAUGUGCGUCUCCAACUGCAGCAGCCAGAGCCCCUACGGCCCCUUCUGCGAGGCAGGGGAGCAGUGCUACCUCGGGGCUCAGGGACCCCAGUGCCAUGAGCUGACCACGACAGUAGCAGGGACUCCGUCAACGCCAACGUCAGCUGAGUUCACAGCAAGUGAGACAGCGCUCAGCGCCGCGAUUCAGUCCAGCGCAGAAACACCGAGCUCAGCCACCGCUCCGGACCCAAACAUGUCUGCGUCCCCCACAGAGAGAAGCGCACAUGCCAGUUCUUCAGAGACAUCCACAGGAGAAAGUCUGACGACUGCUUCCCAGACAACUGUGACCUCAUCGUCCAGUAAAAGUCCCACAAAGACAACAGUCACACAGCCAGCUGUCUCUGAAUUCACCACCAAUGAGACAACCGUGACAUUGGUUCCUCCUCAUCCAACCGCCUUGAGCACUGAAUCCAUAUCCAUGAGCAGCGCUUCAAGCCCAACCUCCACGGCUGAGAGCGGCACCCUCUCCGAGUCUGUCUCUACACCCAAUAUUUCUAGGCUGACCUCCACUGUUGGGGCCAGCACCCUCUCAAAGUCUGUCUCCACGCCCAGUAUUUCCAGCCCAAGCUCUGUGACCGAGGGCAGCACCAUCUCUGAGCCUGUCUCCAUGCCCAGCGCUUCAAGCCUGACCUCCACGGCCGAGACCCACACCUUCUCCGAGUCUGUUUCCUCGUCCAGUGCUUCAAGCCCGACAACUGCAUCCGAGGCCAGAAGUGUCUCUGAGCCCGUCUCCACACCCAGCGGUUACAGCCCGAGCUCUGCGACCGAGGCCAGAACGAUGUACGAGUCCGUUUCCACGCACAGCCCUGCCAGCUCGACCUCCACCGUCGAGGCCAUCACCAUCACACAGCCAGCGGUCUCUGAAUUCACCACCAGUGAGAAAACCGUGACAUUGGUUCCUCCUCAUCCAACUGCUACUGAACUCACAAGAGGAAAGUCUGACGACUGCUUCCCAGUCUCCUCUGACAGCAUCGUCCAGUGA